AUGGAUUUGAAGAACGGAGGUGAAACCCGUUUUCUGCAAAUUCACGAGCUCGAGGAACUAAGAAACCAUGCCUAUGAAAGUUCUAGCAGGUACAAAGAACGAGUCAAGAGGUUUCAUGAUAAAAGAAUAAGAGAACACAAAGACUUCCGCGUUGGAGAUCUUGUUUUGUUAUACUCCUCACGACCCGGAAAAUUAAGAUCUCGAUGGACAGGUCCUUAUACGUUCAAAGAAGAAUUUCCAUACGGAGCCGUUACCAUCGAAAACUUAAGCGGGGAGACAUUUAAAGUCAACGGUCAUCAUCUAAAACUUUACAUCAACGAACCGGUUGACCCGGUGGAGGAAAUUCUCGAACUCCACAUCCCGCACACUUAA